CAGAAUAAAGGUGUCCCCGUCCCUAUCGCUCCAUGUGUACGGCGUGCAGGCUACUGUGACUUUAAAGGGGUGUUGGUUCGCUGAGAGGUGACAGAUGGGUUUCGUUCCCUCUGCUAAGAACACAUCGCGCAUCUCGCAGCCUCUUUCUUCCCAACCAGCAGCGUUGUCCUCGUCGCUCUCACGGAAACCUCCGCAGAGGAAAAGCCGUGCGUGUCCGCCGCUGCACCCUUCUCGAAGCGAUGGGAGAGGCCGAGACGCGUCAGAAACUGCUGCGCAAUGUGAAGAAAGAGCUGUAGUGGAGGCCUGCAUGCUUCAUGGACUGAGGCGACGUAUUGCAGGUCUGCUCUGCAGUAACAAGGUUGCAGCACUCUUCAUGAAGGCGGCAAAAACCUUUUUGCCUGCUGAGGAACUCUGCCACAAGGUCCAGGAGGUGGAGCAGCUCAUCGAAAACAACAAGCAGAACAAUUCUUCACUCAGUAAUGACCGCAGUCGUCAAUCCAAGUUGGCCAACCUUUCCCCUCAGGCCCUGAAACACCUCUGGAUCCGAACUGCACUGAUGGAGAAGCUCCUAGACAAGAUUGUCCUGUACUUGGUGGAAAACAGCGGUGCCUUCUAUGAGAAGGAAGCCAUGCUGAUGGAUCCUGUGGAUGGACCAAUUCUUGCAUCUCUAUUGGUCGGGCCGUGCGCCUUGGAGUACACCAAAGUUAAGACUGCGGACCAUUUCUGGACGGACCCGUCCGCCGACGAGCUCGUGCAGCGGCAUCGCAUCCACAGCGGCCACUGUCGGCAGGAUUCGCCCUCGAGACGGCCCGCCCUGAUCCAGAAGAGACAAUCCAGUGGUAGCAUGGACGAUCGUCCUCUCAUGUGGGUGAGGGACUAUGUGGAAUCACUCCACCAAAACUCCAGAGCCACACUUCUGUUCGGGAAGAACAACGUGCUGGUGCAGCCGAGAGAUGACAUGGAGGCCAUCCCAGGCUACCUUUCUUUACAUCAGACUGCAGACGUCAUGACACUGAAAUGGACACCCAAUCAGCUGAUGAAUGGCAAUGUGGGGGAGCUAGAUUCUGAGAAAAGUGUUUAUUGGGAUUAUGCCAUGACAAUUCGUUUGGAGGACAUUGUGUAUCUCCACUGUCAUCAGCAAGUGAACAGUGGGGGGACGGUGGUUUUGGUGAGCCAAGACGGGAUCCAGCGACCUCCUCUACAUUUCCCCAAAGGAGGCCACCUCCUCCAAUUCCUGACCUGCCUGGAGACCGGCCUGCUACCUCACGGACAGCUGGACCCACCACUCUGGAAUCAGAGAGGAAAGGGAAAGGUUUUCCCUAAAUUGCGAAAUAGGAGUCCACACGGCUCAUGUGAUUCUGUGUCUGACAAAGACGAGGAUGAAGCAACCGAUUACGUGUUCCGGAUCCUCUUUCCUGGCAAUCAAAUGGAGUUCAUGGCCCUGGAGCUGAUGGACCAGGGCGUUACUCUGUGGCAACCGACGGCCAGGAAGUCCUCGUGCUCCUCGUGCUCACAGAACGGCUCCUCCGAUGGCUCUCUGCCCAAUGGCUGUAACCAGGAAAGGGCACCCUUAAAGCUCCUUUGUGACACCAUGAAGUACCAGAUAAUCUCCCGUGCUUUCUAUGGUUGGCUCGCAUACUGCCGCCAUCUAUCCACAGUUCGUACGCACCUGUCUGCUCUAGUCAACACCACAAUAGUUGACCCGGAUGUGCCCUGUAACGCCCGAGGAGGACUCUCCGUGGAGGUCUGGGGCCGGUUCCUCAAGGACAGCUCUGCGUAUGAGGAAGAGGAGAUACACAGGCUGGUGUAUUUUGGCGGUGUUGCUCCCUCACUGCGCAAAGAGGUCUGGCCCUUCCUGUUGGGACACUACCGCUUUACCACGACUGAGAAAUGCAGGCGGGAGAUUGAUGAGCAGAUGCGCACCAUGUAUGAGCAGACUAUGAAGGAGUGGAAGGGCUGCGAGGCCAUAGUCCUUCAGAGGGAGAGGGAGAAACACGCCGAGGCCCUCGCCAGAUGUUUGUCCGGAGCCAGUGUGGAAAAAGGGCCAGUGCAGCGGGACGCCACCAUCAGUACAGAUUCGUCUCUAAGUAGCAGCUUAGAUCCACCGAAUACUCAGACGCAAAGUGAUUCCAUCUGCAGCAGCACACAGGUAUCUGAAUUGGUUGAGGCAGUGGAUCAGAUUGAGACUGAGCUCAAGGUUGGGGAAGGAGAAGCACAACAAAGUACUCCACUGAAAGACGUCACAAGUGGCGCCGCAGAGGGCCCCUCGUCCCCAGGUGUGUCAAAUCAACAUCCGAGUUCAGGAAACAGCCCCCUCGUAACAGAGGCAGCUGUGGGAGCUGCAACCCCUCAGCAGUCGGAAGCAUCACAACGAGUCUCACAUGAAAAACCUACACCUGGAUCGCAGUCAGGAGGUGAGGACAUGAUGGAGCCGGGAGCCAAAGCGGAGAUUUCGGAGAAAGAAAUGGAGAACGUUUCAGAAGGUGAGAUGGUCAAGAACAGCGAAAUCAGUAAGUCGACAACUGACUCGAAAGAAAAACCUGAAUUAGAAGAAAGAAAAUCUGAGAAAUAUGAAGAUUUCAAAGCAGGCGACACAAAAAUGAAUUUAAGAAGUAUUCCAGAGAGCACUAAUGUCCUAAAGCUAGAAACAGAGAUUCAUAAUGAAUAUUUUCAAGCACCUCCACUCGGGCAAACCUUAACUUUUCAAGCACACAAGAGCAAAGGUCUGGAAGUGGAGCCGUUACGUCGUCCCUUAGCAGAAAAAGAGGUUAAUCCAGAUGGUGAAAGAGAGACGGAGAUUUCGGAGAAAUCAGAGCCAGCUUCUGAAAAAAAGCCCUGUAUCACAGGACCAGAAACGAAGGAUGCUGAAGGAACGUCCUGUGAUUUGGCGGAACUCAAAAAAGACAAAGCCGCCGAAAUUCCAUUCGAGAAACCUGGUUCAAAUUCGCCGGUGAGACAAGUGCUGAAUGCCCUCCAGUCAACGUCGAGGGGCAGCCUUUCGUUACCGUCCCACUCCCGGCAGUCUCCGGACACGGCGGAUUCGGACGACUCUCCUUCGGCCCUGCAAAUGGACGACAUUCCUGCGGGGGCAUGCGUGACCUCCGAUGACAUCAAGGCCAGGCCUCUGGCGGGUCUCGCUGCGCCACCUGUCCCGCCCGCGCAAAGACGGAAGAUGGCAUCGGAGGACCUCGUCCUAGAUGGCCAUCUGGACUCCGCGUGCAACACCAGCCCCGAGGGCACCGACCCGGGCCUCUCCGAAGAGGAGCCCGAGAUGGAGAUUGCGCUCACUGGACCCGAGCCCGCCGAGGCGGUAGGAGACCCCAAACCCGACGUCUCCUCGGAGGAUCCGACCUACUCACAAGAAACACUGGACAUGUACUUGAUCAAUUUGCACCGCAUUGACAAAGACGUCAGGCGUUGUGACCGAGCGUACUGGUACUUCACCCCCGACAACCUGGAGAAGCUGCGUAACAUCAUGUGCAGUUACGUGUGGAAGCAUCUGGAUACGGGUUACGUCCAGGGAAUGUGUGAUCUGCUGGCUCCUCUGCUGGUUAUUCUGGACGAUGAGGUCAUGGCAUUUAGCUGCUUUACUGAAUUAAUGAAGAGGAUGAACCAGAAUUUUCCACAUGGCGGUGCGAUGGACUCUCACUUUGCCAAUAUGCGUUCUCUUAUCCAGAUCCUGGACUCUGAGCUGUUUGAACUGAUGCAGCAGAACGGAGACUACACUCACUUCUACUUCUGUUAUCGCUGGUUUCUACUUGACUUCAAAAGAGAAAUGGUGUACGAUGACGUGUACUCUGUUUGGGAAACGAUCUGGGCAGCCAAGUACACCUCCUCCGAUCACUUUGUCCUCUUCAUUGCUCUGGCACUUGUGGAGAUGUAUAGAGACAUCAUCCUGGAGAAUAAUAUGGACUUUACUGACAUCAUCAAGUUCUUUAACGAAAUGGCCGAGCGACACAACGUUCCGCAGGUCCUGAUGAUGGCUCGAGAUUUGGUCAACAAAGUGCAGACGCUCAUUGAAAACAAGUGAUGCUGCAGCUGUUUUGUGAUUAAUCGUUUUAAGAUACUAACACAACCACACACACACACAACAGUAAUUUACCUUGAGGAACAGAAUACAUGUAAAUCCAAUGCAGUGAUUGUUAAGUACUGAAAAGACAACUGGUCAUUAUUUUAGACAACUUGUUUUCAGUUGCUCCUCUCUGUCUUUGAAGGGGUUGCAACUGUUGCCAGUGAUUUUCAUUUGAGUUAUUGUUCAUCUCGUGAAUGUACCCUUGAUGCUUCAGGAUGUGAUUUUAUUUUGCCUUAAAUUGAACUGUUUUUUCAGGGAUACAGCAACCAAAUUUCGUCACGGUAUUGUUCUCCUGAGAGGGUUGAUUUAGUUAAAGAGCUCUCGUGAUGCACUUGAAUAUAUUUUUGACAUUGCUAUUAUUUUCGCUGAAAUUGUGUACAUUUCCAGUAAAAAAACACCGACCGGCAUUAUCAGAUGAUUUGCUUUUCAGAGGAGGUUGUGUCCAGGUCGUGUGUGUGCGGUUUGCGUCUCAGUAGCCAUUCGGAGGACACACGGCGGUGGUCCUGUUCCUCGGUUUGCCUCGUGGUGCCCGCAGGAUGUCCAGACCGGACCCGUGAACUCUGUGAAGCCUCGCAUGUUUGCACAUAGUUAGCAUCAAGUCCCUUUCCUCCGUGGACAAACGGCCAUACUGGUGCCCCAGCCGUCCCCGACCUCCUCUAUGAUGCUGAUUCACAUUCAUUCAUUUCCCUUCAUUAUUACCUCAGUAUCCCCGUGUCAAUGUUGAAGAGGAGCUCUGCAUGCUAAACACUAAAAACUCUCAGUUGAGGCUUAAUUCAGUACCACAGGUUCACUUUAGCCCGGACUCUUUCCUCUGGGACACUUUCAUGUAAAGCUAGUGCGUACACAGAAGGCAGCCUCCAUCUCCAUGGGCCAGCCUGUUUCCUUCAUUCAUUCGAAAGAGCAGUCUCCUUGUGUUCGGCUUGUUAAAUGGUAUCCGGGGCUCCGUCUUUAGCCAGAUUGAAAUGGUCACCAGAUGUAUCAAUCGUACACCUCCUCACGCAGUUUCUGUGCAUUGUGUCAUAACAGCGGCACGCAUCUUUCAUCUUGUCAAGGCGCUUGUCCGGCUUUCACUGUGGAGUAAGUGCAGAGAGGUUGAGGUUAUUACAUAAGCGGUCAGUUCAGUGGUAGCUAUUCAGUAGUAUGUAGCCAUGCAGAUCAUUUUAUUUUUACGUGUAAAAUGUUUACACCGUCCUCCGCUGCUAAUCCAACACCGUUGAAGGUAAUCAUUAGUUCUCCUGAAAAUUAACACACAUUGGCCAGGUGUAUUUCCAGAAACAAUGUGCUGGAGACCUCGAUGUCCUAAUUGGUUUCACAAGGUCUAAUAAAGCCUAGUGUGGUUUGUGAAUCUGAUCUACCUUGCAGUAAUUUUAGAUGGAUUGAAAUCUUCUAAUCUCGACAGAUGGAUACAAAAAUACCUUCAUGGCUAGAGACCAGCAUAAGUAUGUCAGAAAAUAUGAUAUUUUGGUUCCACUCAGUUAAAAAAUAGCCAUGACCCACCCAUGUUUGGUUCACUGUGGCUUAAAUACCGGUGUUUUGACAUCUCUGCUAAUGUGUCUCCACAUGAUCUUCUAAAACGUGCCCGAGUAUUGCUGUUUGUGCAUUGCUGUGUUUGUUGUCAGAAGAUUAACUGUAUACAAAGUGAUAAUAGUACAUAUUUAUUAAAUGCAAUACAAUGUCUGUUUAUGGGCUUUAUCGGAUUAUAAUGGUAAGAAAGAUAAAAAUGUGCCAUUGGAAAUAAAUAUAUAUAUUUUUUUUCUGUCUUCUCAAAUUGUCACGAGGUAUAAUUAAUUUAUUGUGUAUUAAAAAUAUUAUAUUUUGCA